AUGGCCUGGAUCAUGAACUUUGCGGCCAAAGUGUACCAUGGCAUUGCCGGGGAGGUAGAGCUGGAGGAGCUGGAGGCAUCGGAGGAGUCGGAGGGGCCUGACUCACCUUCACCGAAGUCUUCUGCCCCAGCCCUGACGACGAGUUGGCAGCCAGGGCAGGUGGUGCGGCUGGCCAACCUCCAAUCCCAACGGCAGCUCAAUGGUCAAGUUGCCACGGUGAUGCGCCAAGAUCCGGAGAAGGGCAAGUGGGUGGUUCGUCUCGAGAAGGAUGCAAAAGAGGUGAUGCUCAGCGGUGACAAAAUGGAACUUGCCCCUUCAGAUGCGACUUCCACAGCCACAUCGGACGGGUCAGAGAUGCUUUCACUUGAAAGUUGGGACAUGUUAUCACCAGAUAGGUCCAAUGCUUCUCCUGUGGAGCAGGAGCCAGGCCAGCCCAAAGUUGCAUCCCAGCAGAGCCAUUUUGAGGAGUGGUGCGCUGCGCAUUUGCAAGGUGCUGGGGAGCAAAAGCAGCUCACUCUGCUGCUGUUGGGUGAGGCUGGCAGCGGCAAGUCCUCAUUCUUGAACUUGUUGGGCAACUUCCCUACUGUGAUGCAACAUGGGCAGGAAGCUUUUGCUGGCAAAAUGAGUGACUUUCGAAACUUGGAGUUUGAGAAUGGCUUGAAAGACCAAAAAGUCAGCCAGACCUCAGCUGCCACAGUUUAUCACCUGAACAUGGGCCCAUUGAGCCUAAAGAUCGUGGACACUCCUGGCUUCGGCGAUGGUCGGCAUCGCUCUUCUGAUUAUGCGAAGCUCUUUGUUGACUGCUUGAAAAAGCUGGAUCAUGUCAAUGCAAUUGCAUUUGUGAUCUCUGGAAGAGACUCACGUUUGACUGCUCAACUGAAGGAUGUGAUGAUGGAGGUGUGCACAAUCUUUCCCAAAGCUGCCAAAAACAACAUAGUUGCUAUCUUCACAAACACCAUGCAAUGCAUCCAUUGUACUUGA